GUGGAAACUUCAGUGCGCGAUCAACUACCGACGUGCGUUUACGGUCGGAGCUCCAGCGGAAGCUGCGAGGCCUGGCUGCUGCGGGGGUGUGGAUGUUGCGGUUUGGAGAUCAACCUGGAGAUCGGGCCUGAAUGAUCAAAGUUGUCUGACGAAUGUGCCGAGAAUGCGUUGAAUUGAUUCCGUUUCGACGAAUUUUGGCUUCGGGAAUGAAUUCGACCGUGCUGCUGUUCCUCCUGACUGCGUGUAUUUUGGAACUCGUGCUCGGCCAGCAAGGACCGGUUUUUGUUCUCGAACCACCGAGCACUUUGGUCUUUUCCAAUACCACGGGCUCCCAGCUAAGCUGUUCCGCCCAUGGGAGUCCAACGCCGCACGUCACCUGGAUAACUAGUCCGGAUCAGAGAUCGGUCACGGCAGUUCCCGGACUACGACAAUUACUCGGGAAUGGCACCCUCUACUUUCCGCCGUUUCUGGCGCAGGAUUUUCGCGCCGAGGUCCACAACGCGAGAUACAGAUGCCGCGCCACCAGCUCCGUGGGAACGGUUCUCUCUCGCGAGGUCACUCUGCGUGCCGUGCUGACGGUGCCCGGCUACGACGUCAGAGUGAAUAGAUCCCCCGUGCUGGAGGGGUGCAACGCUGUUUUAUCUUGCACGGCGCGAGAAGACGUCAAAGAACACCUGACAGUCACAUCCUGGUUUCGCGACGACGCCAUUCUUUUACCUGGAAGCACGGACACCGGUGGAAGAUUCGUCGUUACUUCCCAAGGCGACCUGCACAUCAGAGCUGCCAGACCAGAAGAUGGCAGAGCCACGUACUCGUGUUUAACCCUUCACGCGCUAACCAGCGAAAGAAGAAGAAGCGAGCCCGCAACGUUAACGGUCACAGAACCAAACAGAUCCAUGGCGCCGAAGCUGAUGCAAAGAUCGCAGAUCGCCAUAUCCGCGGAAAGCGGCUCGGAUGUUCAUCUCACUUGCUCCGCCCAGGGGAGUCCACCCCCGCAAUUUACCUGGUACCGCGACGUUAACGGCCACUCGAUACCGGUGGAAUCGUUCGGGCGGAUUCAACUGUGGGGCGAUUUGAUGCAAAUCCGCCGCGUGGAUGCUCAGGACGCGGGAAGGUACAUUUGCCGGGCUAGCAAUCAGCUCGGCGAGCAACGAGCCGAAACGCACCUGUCGGUCACGUCAAAACUUAACGCGCGGAUACAACCACGCGUUCAGAUCAUCAAUUCCGGAGAGUCUGCCACUAUGAAUUGCACGGUGGAGGGUUAUCCGGUCGAAAGCGUCGAGUGGUUGCACGACGGUGUACCGGUAUUGACCGCGCAGGAUACGAGGAUCAAAUUGUUGGCUCCUCUGGUGCUCGUGGUAGGCUCGAUCGGCCGAAAGGACAAGGGGAUGUAUCAGUGCCUCGUUAGGAGCGACAAGGAAAACGCUCAAGCCACUGCGGAACUGAAACUCGGAGAUACCGUGCCAGAGCUGCAGUACACGUUCAUCGAGCAGGCACUGCGACCAGGACCACCGGUGUCCCUGAGAUGCUCCGCGACAGGAUCUCCUCCUCCAUCCUUUACUUGGCUCCUAGACGGAGAACCUCUGAGCGAAAUUGCAGCUGGGCACAGGUACGCGAUAGGACAGUACGUCGAUCAGUCCGGGGACGUGAUCAGUCAUUUGAACAUAUCGUCGGCCGGCGCCGAAGAUGGCGGCCUGUACGCCUGUGUCGCGUCCAAUACUCUGGCCACCGUCGAGCAUAAAGCGAGAUUGAACAUCUACGGACCACCGUAUAUACGAUCGAUAGGACCGGUCCGCGCGAUAGCUGGCGUCGAUACCACCAUAGCCUGUCCUUAUUCCGGAUACCCUGUCACAUCAGUCGAGUGGUCCCACGGCGGCGUUGACCUACGUUUGGAUAUAAGACAUCACGUCGACAAGGAGGGCCACCUGACGAUCUCCAAUGUAGAUCCAAACGAUGCUGGCAUUUACACCUGCAUUGUCAAGUCGAGGACAGGGGAAACAGCGAGUAGGGACAUUCGACUCACCGUUAGCAGUCCUCCAGUGAUGAGCCCAUUCAGUUUCCCAGCAAAUCUACAGGAAGGCAGCCGUGCUCAAGUCACGUGCAGCGUAACGUCCGGUGACCUCCCUAUAUACUUCUCCUGGCUGAAAGAUGGCGAACCACUGCCGUCUUCUUUACGCAUCGAAGACAGAGUGGCCGAGUUCUUCAGUCUGCUCGUUUUCAAGGAACUCUCGUCGCGUCACAGCGGCAAGUACACUUGCGUGGCAACAAAUAGCGCGGCCAAAGUAAACCACACGGCCGAACUUCUGGUCAAAGUGCCGCCGCAAUGGAUCUUCGAACCGCAAGACGUGGCCACCCUGCUCGGUAACCCGUUGAACGUUCAUUGCGAGGCGAAAGGGUUUCCACCGCCGCGAGUCACGUGGCUGCGUUCCAAGAGCCGAACUGCUAACGACUAUCAGCCACUGGUCGACGGCUCCGACGGCAGGCUGACCAUAUUGCCCAACGGAUCACUAUGGACCGCCUCGGCUGGGCCCCAGAACGAGGGUCACUAUCUCUGCCGUGCUAACAACGGGAUCGGACCUGGCCUCAGCAAAGUGAUUUACGUGUCCGUCCACGAACCGGCGAGAUUCGAGUUUCAGAGCAAAAACGUGACGAUCCGCCGAGGAGAGUCCGUGACUCUGGAUUGCACCGUCAUCGGUGACAAUCCCAUAGAAGUGCUGUGGAUGCACAACAGCGACCGUUUGGACACGAACAGCCACAGACUGAGCAUAAGCCAAAUGAAAACGGAGCACGGGCUGAAAUCGCAGUUGUCGAUAGGCAGCAGCGAUCGUCAGGAUUCCGGGGUCUAUCGGUGUACAGCUGACAACGCGUACGGGAGGAGCGAACAUCUCAUUUACCUAGCUGUUCAAGAGAGGCCGGAUCCGCCAGCCUCGUUGGAAGUCAUAGAAAUCGGCUCGCGAUCGAUACGAUUGCUGUGGAAAAGAGCUUUCGACGGAAACAGCCCGAUACGGAAUUACGUUAUUCAGUAUCGGUCCCUGAAUCACGGUUUGGCAGACGAUUGGAAUCCCGCGAAAACGCACAAUGUCACCUAUUCACCGGGAAGCUUUAAUAGCGGGAACGCGGUACAUCCGACGCAGAACGGUUUAUCCCCUUACGAAGCGACCAGCGAGGAUCAGGAAGUGGCUCUGGUGGGAGGACUUCAUCCAGCUGUCACUUACACGUUUCGCAUAUUUGCUAUAAAUUCGAUAGACGUGAGCGCGCCCACCGAUCCUGUGGUGGCGAAGACCCAAGAAGAAGCGCCGACCGAACCACCCCAAAACAUCAAAGUUCAGUCCGCUGGACCAGGAGAGCUCGUGGUCAGCUGGCAGCCACCCCCUAAAGAGUCCUGCAACGGAGAUCUAUUGGGUUACAUUGUGACGUGGUCGGAGCAUUCGUCUUCAACGUCGGGCGUGAACCAAAGCAAAAGUUUAACCGUGAACGGCUGGGCGACCACAAAGGUGCAACUUACGGGCCUUAGAAAAUUCACCAAGUACGAUAUAUCGAUCAGAGCUUUCAACAGCAUAGCCAGUGGUCCAGCCAGCGUUCCUAUUGUUGGAACUACUCAAGAAGGAGUGCCAGAAACUCCGCCAACCCAGGUGUUAUGCGUUGCUCUGUCUUCCCAAAGCGUAAAGGUGUCCUGGAGCGCACCUCCGCCCCAUCAACACGGUGGAAUCAUUCAGGGUUACAAAGUUUACUACAGGCCUGUGCCUACCGACAACAUGGACAUAUCGACGGUUGGCGAAGUGAAAAAGACAUCCAGUGUGGAAACUUAUCUGCACACUUUGUACAAAUACACGAACUACUCGAUCAGAGUACUGGCUUACACGGGAGCAGGCGACGGAGUCCUGAGCCCGCCGAUUUUUUGUACAACAGAAGAAGAUGUCCCAGGACCUCCAGCCGGUAUCAAAGCGUUGGCGUUAACGGCCGAGAGUAUAUUAGUUUCGUGGUUACCGCCCCUACAACCGAAUGGGAACGUCUCCAAGUACACGGUUUACAGCAGAGAAGCUGGCUCCAGCAACCACAACACGCACACUAUGCACGAGCCACCCACGGACACCCUCACGAUGGAACUACGAGGUCUAGUUGAGAGACAACUGUACGAGUUUUGGGUGUCGGCAACGACUGGACUAGGCGAAGGCGAAUCGACCACCAUAGUGACCCAAACUACGAAUACCAGAGCUCCAGCCAGAGUAGCGUCGUUCUCGCAACUUCUGAGAAGAGCGAUCAAAUCGUCUAUCACAUUGUCGUGUCUGGUGGUUGGGAAUCCUACACCGAGGCCUAUAUGGACCUAUCGGAACGGUCAGGUUUCCACUGGCCGACAUUACGAGCUGACUGCCGACGGUCACCUCAAUAUUCGUGGAUUAGAGCAAUCGGUGGCUGGAAAUUAUACGUGCUCGGCUAGCAACCUGUUCGGCGACGAUUCCAUAACAUACACUCUGGUUGUGGUGAUGCCGCCUAAAUCACCGACGUUGGAACUGCAAUAUACUACAACGAAUAGCAUAAGGCUUCGAUGGAGUCACCCUAACAACGGUGGUGCUACUAUUCAAGGUACACAACAGAAUCUAGGUUACGUGUUAAGUUACAAAAGGGACCAAGGUGGCUGGGAAGAAAUUGCGUUGUCGCCGGAACAGACAGAGUUCAUUUUGUCAGGGUUAAAGUGUGGUUCUUCGUAUUUGGCGCACUUGACCGCGCAUAAUCGCGUGGGAACUGGAGACCCGAGUCCUCUGAUAAGCGCCACGACCAAAGGAACUGCACCUCUGUUACCAAAAGAAAGGGACAUCAUCUCCGCCAACGGCACGACCGUGAAACUAAACCUCCUUUCUUGGCCAAGCGGCGGUUGUCCUAUCCAAUACUACACGGUGGAGUAUCGUAGACGCGUCGGCACCGAACCAUGGAUUUUAGUAGCGAGUCGCGCCACGGAAAAUCUAAUCAUAAGAGACUUGAAGACAGCGUCUUGGUACAGUUUGCGACUGACCGCUCACAACGACGCUGGAUCGACCCAGACGCAGAUGGAGUUCGCGACGACCACCCUCAGUGGCGUCAGCAUAGGUCCUCCGAACGACCUGAUCAUGGAGGACGACGUGAAGAAGGCUAUACCGAAUCAGAAGGUGCUCUACGUCGUCGUGCCUCUCGUCUGUGCCAUCGUGCUCGUCAUAUCGGCUGCUAUUUUGGGAUACGUGAUGCUGAAACGCAGCGGAAGGGCAAAUUAUUUAGGGGAGAUGCUCCCUGGACAGCAACAGAACCAGCCAUCGGGCCUGGGACUCGUUCAACAACAACAGCAUCAGCAACAUCACCACCUGUCCAGUUGCAUGUCGACAGUGCAGAAAUCUACCGCGGAACGCGAUAACAGACGGAAUCAUCAGGUCUAUACCAGUUCUCCGGUGAAACAGGAAAACCACAAGUCCAACGACCAUGGAUCGGAAAUGUACGAGAUAAGUCCUUACGCUACGUUCAGCGUUCCUGGAAGAGAAAAUCGUUCGGUGACUACAGCCACCCUCGACUACACGAUGCAGUUCAAAACGUUUGGACAUCUAGAGAACGAGGACAUAAAUACCAUCGACUACGAGAGGUCCAGCGUGGAGUUUGAAAGGUCUAAAACGCCAAGGUGGCACAAGCAACGAUACUUCCCGAGCAUCGCGGAAGCCGAGAGCAAGAUGCGCUCCAGCCGACAGGGUUCUGGGAGCGACACGUCCGGGAGUCCCUGCGGAGAAUGCGCCGGACCUAGUUACAGGGUGCCAGUGAAACCUUGCAGAGAUGUGUUUUCACGAGGCGUGGAGUCGAGUACAGAAUCCAACAACGAAGGUUCACCUUCGCUCGCGAGACGACGAAGCCGACAGCCGAGCCGGUCCACUCGCAGUUCGGUGGAGGACAUGACGUUGUUGCCGCCAAGCGGGUUUAGCGACAGCCGCGAAUUGAGCGACGUAGAAUGUGACCGUGACCGUGAUCGUGACCGUGAGCGUGACCGUGACCGUGAUCGCGACUGGCAAGGUCUGUCAGCCGGGACCCGCCACGGCGGCAGCUUGGGUAGACUGCCGAUCGAGGCCGUCGAAUCUAUGCUCGCUAGGUACCAACAAAGGAAAGAACAAGAGAGACAAGAGUUCACUAUACACGUAUGAUCGAGAUCUAGCAAUUUCAAUGGGAAUCUUGGCAGUACGAUGUAGACGGAAUAAUGAACUGUUGUCGAUUGCCUAAGCGUUUUGUAGGAUGCCAAUGGACGAAUGCGAGUCUUUGAAUACCGACGAAAUGUAAGAUCGUCCAGUGAACGUGUUAGUGCGAAAGAGCGUUUCGAUUCUAUCUGGCGACGUUUGCUCGCCAACGGUGUUCCAAGGACCAACGCACGAAGCAAUAGGACGGAAAUGAAAGUACGACGAACGCUUAGGUGUCUUAGAAUCCCGUCACCAGAAAAGAGGACGUUGCACCGCUUGAACGACUCAUCGGGAUGAGUCUGCGAGAACAGUUGGAACGCAAGGAAAACGAGUCAAUUUAGCGAUGGAUAACGAACUACACUCCAGUAUAAUCGUCUACUGUAUAAUAUUAAUCUCGCGUACCGUUAGUCACGCUGUUAUUAAAGGUUCUAUAGCAGGGCUGGGGCUACUUGUCCAACUUUUCUUCCGAUACGAACAAUAAUACUCGAAUACUCGACUAUUCAACUAAUUUAAUACCAGUCGAGCACUUGGGUAUACGAACACUGUUUCGCGCACUGAUCGAGCACCCGGAUAUUCGUGAUAAUUGAACAGCGCAACUUGGACUGCAAAUGAAACGUCUGACAAAUAGUUCCAGUCCCAUUGUAUAAUUGAUCUGGCCGCGAAGAGUAAAUCGCGAAGCGAACAUCGAGAAUGGCCGCACAAAAGACCACCCUUCGAAAAAUUUCAACAAGUGAAUACGCAUGGGAAAUCUUGAGACGUCGCUCGAUAUCGAGACAAUUUCAGCUUAGGACGAAGUGUCGCCAAUUGUAACGAUAUUCCUAAUUAUCGGCAUUAACGAGACGCGACUGCGCGUUUCGACGUUCAACUCGACUAAUUCCGUUGAUAAUCUUGUUUCGACGAUCGAACGAUCACGUCGAGGCACGCAGUCUCGAUCAGAGAAGAGGACUUGUGAUCGAGACAGAGUAUAACAGUAAGGUGUAUAUAAUAUACAUGUACGCGUCAUAUUUAGAGGGCGAACUGUUUAUCGAGAUAAUAGAGCGACCUCGAUCGUCGACUAACGCCAAAGAUAAUUUUUAAGUGUCGCGCGUUAUUUCCGAUCGCGCAACGAUGCGCGAGCCGUUUUGUAAAAUAGCCUGUAAAACAACGCCUCCCCGAGGCAAAACUCGGAUCGAUCGAUCGAGGAGGUUUUACAACGACCGAUCCACCGAGUUUCGAAAUUUGUCCGUUUAACCGGACUCGUGCUCCGUUUUCGUCGCGGCGAGAGACCGAGGCCAAUUAACUACGCUUACGCUGAUUUCUGCCAACCAAAAUUUACGGUUCUCUAAGACUAAUUAAUUCAAGGCUACCGCCUUGAUUACGAUAGGCAAACGAGGUAUCGAUCUAUCAUCGUUCGCGAUUCGAGCGUAUAUUCGGAAACGAGGGCAUACUUGGUCUAUUUUCUCGAAAACAAGAGAGAAACAAAGACUCGUCCGUGCAUUAUCGAAUCGUUUUCAAUCGAGGAUUCAUUUUUUCAUAAGAGAAUUUCUAUUUCUAUCGGAAAUAUCAAACAGACUGGAUCGCGCAUUUUAGAAACUAAACUAUACGGCACCCGGUACCGUAACGUUGCCAGGAUAUUACUGCGGUAUCGGGUGUCGUAUAGAAAACCUCUCGCAAGAAUAAUCGAUACGUGCAACAAUUAAAGGUGUUUGGGACUAAUCUGUAGGAGAUUGCCGAACUCGACUGCAUUAUAUCGAUACCCUAAUUUAAUGUUAACCGAUAAACUGCCAAAUCAGCAUUAUUUAAACUUCCUAUGAAAGUUCGCUAGAGUAUAUCUUCGAUCUCCGAAGUUCCUCCCGCGCUAACGCUACACUUAAUGAUACGUGUACUUAAUGUAUACCGAAAGUUCUUCCAAUGCUAUUUAAAUUUAUACGGAACUUUUAAUCAUCUUGCGCGUCUUGUUAUUGAGGUGCGCAACGUACGUACGCUAAGUUACGAAUUAAACGAAUAACACGUACCAAAGAGGCAAAAAGCCGCGUGGCAAAUUGAGAAUCUAGACAAAGGAUAUGCAGAGUAUGCCCUCUUACGAGAUAAUUUAUUAUACAAGGUAACUGCGUGCUUAACAUGUACAGAUACGAUGUGUAAAUUCCACGAAGAUUGAAUCUAUGCACCAAUUUAAGCACGAGAACAGCGAUCUGUAUGAUUUCUAGGAAAUUUUUGUCAUAGCCAGAAAUCGUGAUCGUAAUUAGAAGAAAUUCGGACGACAAAAUUAGGAAAAUGUUUCUUUUUUUUUUUUUUUUUUUUUCAAGCGUGCGUGUACGAAAAACGCGUGCAUGUGUGAUUGCGUGUGAUAUAUAGGAACUCGUCGCCGUACCACCGCUACAGCGAACGAGCCAACUGUUUGUACAUGAGAAUCGUGAAACUUAGACUUUAUGUAUCAUAUCCUCGUAUAAGUAUCCGUGAGCAAACUAGAUGAAUUAAUCAUCGUCCGUUAUGUUUAACAUGAAAAGAUUAAAUAAACAAACCAAUCGAAUGUCGUAUCGAAGUGUCAAACUUUCAACGGAUAUGCUAAACUCAGCUUGUUAAUAAAGAAAGACAGACAUUUAUCGCGUGUAAUAUCAUUUUGCAACCCUACACAUGAUUCCUCCUUACUUCUUGCUAAUUACAAGACCGAACGAUUCUGCGUUCUUUUGCACUCCCUGUAUCAGGAUAAAUAAAUAAGAAAUAUUUUUAGAGACGAUCACACGAACGACGCUAUUACUACCGUUCCCUUUGUUCAAUCGUUUAUUAUUUUUCUGCAAAUAAUUUAUUUUUCAUUUGAAAAAUUAUAUUUUUUGAAACGACGAAAAUCCUCUG